AUGGGCACGCUAAAAGAUGUCGCAAUGCAGCUGAAGUCCGUAACAAGCAUUCAAAAAAUUACGUCUUCGAUGAAAAUGGUUGCCUCCGCUAAAUAUGCUAAGGCGGAGCGCGAAUUGAAGGCAGCCGUUCCAUAUGGCUACGGCACUGCGGCUUUCUAUGAAAAAUCGGGUCUCCUGGAACAGCUCAAGGCAGAUGAAACUCCUUCUAAGAAUCACCUUGUGAUCGCAGUAACUUCUGAUCGUGGUCUCUGUGGUGCUGCUAACAGCACAGUCGGAAAGGUUCUUCGAGAUAUGUUGUCAAAUCCACCUGCAGGUCAAGACAUUAAGCUGGUUCUUAUUGGUGACAAAGCCCGUGCCUUUUUGUCUCGUCAAUUUUCACAACACUUCCUUAUGUCCUUCACCGAGGUUGGUAAACGGCCUCCGACUUUCGCGGAUGCUUCGUUAAUUGCUCAAGCACUUUUGGAUUGUGAAUUCAAAUUUGACAAAGCAUCGCUCUUAUACAAUAAGUUUAAGUCGGUGAUUUCAUACACAACUGUCGAUCAGCCGCUCUUCAGCCUUGAACAACUGCAGCAUGCUCAGUCUCUUGCAGUGUAUGAUUCAGUCGACGACGAAGCUCUUCGUUGUUAUAAUGAAUUUCUUCUCUCCUCUUUCAUAUUUUACGCACUUAAGGAAGCCUCUGCAAGUGAGCACUCAGCAAGAAUGACAGCAAUGGAGUCGGCAACUAAGAACGCGAGGGAAAUGAUCGAUAGUUUGACCCUCACUUAUAACAGGACCCGGCAAGCAGUCAUUACUAGGGAACUUAUCGAAAUUAUUUCUGGCGCUGCUGCUGUUUAG